CACGCGACAUGUCCGAAGAUGGCCGAGAGAACAACGUGGUGCCCCCUUCCACGGAGACGGAAGACGGUCCCAAGGGCCCGCCCGAUAUCUCCGGCCUCUACUCCUUGAAGUUGGAUAACCUCGACUACUCCGUCACCCUGGAGCAGCUGAAGGAAUUGUUCGGCAAACACGGGGAGAUCGGUGACGUCUACAUGCCCAGGGACUACUACACGAAGCGAUCGAGGGGCUUCGCGUUCGUCCGCUUCAAGGACCGCACCGCCGCGGAGGACGCGAUCAAGGAGUUCGACCAGAAGGAACUGAACGGCCGACCGAUCGCGUGUCGCUUCGCGGAGAAGCCCAGGCCCGACAACCCUCGCGAGGCGCACCUUGGCGGCGGCCGAGGCGGCCGAGGCGGCCGAGGCGGUCGAGGCGGCGAUUACUACCGGGGCGGCGGCGGCUCCUACGGCGGCAGCUACUCCAGCCGCAGGCCGUACGGCGGCGGCGACGACUACGGGCCCAGCAGGGGCGCUUACCGCGAGGUGUACGACCGACGCGGACCGUACGAUCGCAGGGACUCAGAUUACAACCGCGGAAGGGACGACUACUACUACGACAGAGACAGAGGCUACUCCGACCGCGGAGGGUACGAUGACAGGUCGAGGGGAUACGAUCGCAGGGACGAUUACUACGACAGAGACAGAGGCUACGGCAGGGACCGCUACGACGACAGGUCGAGGGGAUACGAUCGCAGGGACGAGCGCCCGAGGAGCAGAUGAGACCGCAGUAGCCUUGUGAGAAAGACUAGAAAAUGUCUCAUGUUUUUCGCAGUCAGACUGGACUUCCCAACAGAAGAAGUCCCGGGCUGCCAAAACGAGAUCAUUCCAACCGGCACCCGGCAUGAGCGAAGAGCCAGCGCCGGUCGACGUUGCCGCCGCGGCCGUCGCCGGUGACGCCGCAUCCGUCCAUGGAUCUCAAGUGGGCUCCUUGGUCGGGUCCCGCGCGGCGUCCAUCGCGGGUGACGCGGCCCCCGUGGGCGAAAUUGGGGGUGGCGAAACCGGAGGCCCGGGAUCGGUAGCGGGCGAGUCGGCGCACGGCAGGGGAACGCACGCGCCUCGGGUUCCGGUCAAGCUGGAGGACGUCGUCGCAAAGAACCGGAGGUGGGCGGAGGCGUGCGACAAGGAGACGAAGAUGAUCCGACUCAACACCACCUUCAUGGUGGGCAACAGGAACAACCUGGACAUCUUCCCGGAGAAACCCAACCGCCUGAACCUUCCCGUGGUGAACGCGGACGUGGCGCGCGAGAGCAACGAGCUGCUGGACUCGGUGUGCUCGGUGAAGGACGCCAUCUUGCUCCCGGCGGAGAAGUACGAGCUCCCGCAGACGAUGGCCCAAGAGGUGGGCUUCCACUAUAAACCUCUCGUCGAAAGGAACCCGAUGUUUCAAAGGGGCCGAGCCGGGUGCGAGAUCACCGCGUACGCCGAGAACUACGUCGAGACCACGGGCGUCGGUCCCUACGCGCGAAAGAAAGUAACGCAGGCCAGUAGAACCAGCAAGGGCGGCAAGGGUAAGAAGAAGUGACCGUCGUCGCGUGGUCGUUGUAACUCUACCGUAUUACGCGUCGAGGCGCUAGUCU